AUGGACCCAGAAAACCUUACGUGGGUGUCAGAAUUUGUCUUCCUUGGGUUCUCACAUGAUUGGGGGCUCCAGCUUUUCCUAUUUCUGCUGUUCUUGUUUGUCUACACCAACACUGUCCUGGGAAACCUCCUCAUUGUGGUCACAGUCACCUCAGAUUCUCGACUCCACACACCCAUGUAUUUUCUGCUUCGAAACCUGGCUAUCAUAGACCUCUGUUUCUCUUCUGUCACUGCCCCAAAGAUGCUGGUGGACUUCCUCUCUGAGAAGAAGACCAUCUCCUACCAAGGUUGCAUGAUCCAGCUUUUUUUCUUCCACUUUCUGGGAGGUGCCAUGGUCUUUUUCCUUUCAGUAAUGGCCUAUGACCGGCUUGUGGCCAUCUCCCGGCCCCUCCACUAUGUCUCCAUCAUGAACACUCAGCUCUGUGUGGGACUGGUGGUGAUGGCCUGGAUGGUGGGUUUUGUUCAUUCCAUAUUCCAGCUGGCUCUGAUGCUCCCUCUGCCUUUCUGUGGUCCCAAUGUCCUGGAUAACUUCUACUGUGAUGUCCCACAGGUGCUGAGACUUGCCUGCACAGAUACUUCCAUCCUUGAGUUAUUCAUGAUCUGCAACAGUGGGAUGUUGGAUAUUAUCUGGUUCUUUCUCCUCCUGAUCUCCUACUCAGUGAUCCUGGUGAUUCUCAGAUCUCAUUCAGAGCAGGCAAGAAGGAAAGCAGCUUCCACCUGUACUACCCACAUCAUUGUGGUGUCUAUGGUUUUCAUUCCAAGCAUUUACCUCUAUGCCCGGCCAUUUACCUCUUUCUCUAUGGACAAAGCUGUGUCCAUCAGCCACACAGUCAUGACCCCCAUGCUCAACCCCAUGAUCUACACCCUGAGGAACCAGGAGAUGCAGGCAGCAGUGAAGAGACUAGGGAGACACCGAGUGGUUUGUAAAAGGAGUGACGAUGGGUAG